CCUUUAUUGGAUUGGAAUAUCCGUCUAGAGCGGUAGUUUUUCGUGACGUUCGAAGGGAACUGACAUUGAUAUGUAGUUUUGUCUUAUACUAGUUAGUUAUAAGAUGUAACGUUCUAAUGUAGUUUUGAUUAAAGUAGUUCACGUUGUUCGAAGAACGAAUUCAUUAUUAACGAAUUUUUUUCUCGGUAUUGUUUUAAUUAUUAUCUAUUAUCGAGAAUAGUGUCGUUUAGAAGUGAUUUAAUGUGCGACGAUAGAACGGUGAAAUGCUGUUAUUUUAUUGCGUUUUGAUAGCUUUUUUCAAAUGUAGCUGGACUAUCCCUAUCGGAAGCGGUGACCUUAGUAGGAUACCGAGGCAAAAUGCUAUGGAUAUGUGCCUCACACCAAAUAAUCAAACAGGCAAUUGUAUAGCCAUCAGAAGUUGCCCUGUACUGUUAUCAUUAGUCAAUGGAUCGGAUCAACCAAUCAAAACCUACUUACGACGAUCGUUUUGCGGUUGGAUUGCGGAUAAUGGCAAUCCAAAAGUAUGCUGUCCUUUUAACAUAGAUCCAGGGCACUUCAAUCCGUCCAUAUUUCGAACUGCGUCCGAUGCAGAUGUUGCUGGAUCUCCGAAAUCGAUAUCACCAACACUGACACCAACGCCGAGUGGGUCUACGAGCCGUACCAAGUCCACCAAAGGUCCAUAUAAAUGCGGAUUAACGAAUAGAAAAGCAGUGAAAAUAGUCGGAGGGCAAGAUGCCAGUUUAGGUGAUUGGCCAUGGAUAGCUGCAAUUUACUAUCGAAGCAAAUCCGAUACCCAUCCAACGACCAGAUGCAGUGGUACAUUGAUUUCCAAAGACUGGGUUGUUACAGCAGCUCACUGCUUCGUAGAUCAAAACUUAGUCCCAGUAUCGGUGAGACUAGGUGAUCUGAAUUUGGACGAAACCGUAGCCGAUGGAGCCACACCAAUUGAUGUGCCUAUUGAAGAGGUCCUCGUGCACCCCAACUUCACAGUACGUCCACCAGUCAACGAUAUAGCGCUGCUAAGGCUAAAAAAUCCUGUAGAAUUUACUGAGCAAAUACAUCCUGUCUGCUUAUUCAACCAAAGUGAAACGUACAAAAGUAGCAGCUUUUACACGAAUAAAGUCCCUUUUAUAAUGGGCUGGGGUAAACAAAACUUCGAAGGAUCUGUUUCAUCGAUGCUGCAAGAGGCUCAAGUCGACGUGAUAGAUAAAAACGUAUGUUCGAAGAAUUACGUUAAUCAUAAUGUUGUGAUAGAUGAUCGUGUAUUGUGCGCUGGAGGAAAAGGCAAAGAUACUUGUAAGGGUGAUUCCGGAGGACCACUAAUCAUACCAAUCGGCAGUAAACAUUACCUCGCCGGUAUCGUAUCUUUUGGAGUAGGCUGUGGUGACCCAAGUUUUCCCGGAGUUUACACCAGAGUGGUUGAAUUCCUCAGCUGGAUCGCACAAGUGACUCAGUUAUCAGUCUAACUUUUAACUUUCAUGUUUCCUAUAAACAAGUUUUACUACUUAACUAUGUAGGCUGUAUAAAUUAUAAUUUUUCAAGUCGACUUGAAUGCUCUGCCAAGUCAUUUAGUCAAUUGUGAUACGUAAUAAUAAUUUAAUAUUGUGUUGUUAGAGAUAAUGUUUCGUCCUUUUUAAAAAUUUAUUUUUACUAGUUUACCUACCUACUUAUUUUGUUUUGCUUUUUUCUUCUUUAUCUAUAUUGUAUUGAAACUAAAGACUGAGUGAGGAAUGCACAUGCGUUUUAUGUGAAUGCUCACUUCGAGUGUAUAUGUACCUAUACCUAAUGUAACUUCGCAAAUUUUAGAGAAAUAAAUUUUAAAAAAUUAAAAAA